GUGAUAAAUGAUGGUGAGCAUAAUGAAGUAAGUGGCAGUAGGAUGUAUCUGGAUGCUCUUAAGGAGUACUGGUUAUUCAGAUUUUUGUUUAUGUUAUUUGGGUAUGGAACUGUGAUAGUACCAAUGUUUUUGGUAAUUGCAAUUGUUAGACGCAAAUAUAAAGCGAAUGAACUGGAAUCGCCAACAUUGUGGAAUAAAUGGUUGAUAAGUUUUGCGAUUGGUAAUCGGGAAUAUGAUCUGAUCACAUUUGGAAAUACGAAGAGAUCAAAUUCAGUUCUUCAGUCGAAAAGAAAUCGUUUCUUUGACGAUUCUGUUCGACUGUUUAUCUAUUUCAUUUCAUUGCAAAUCACACUGAUCACGAUGGGCUUCUUUCAAGAGGGAAUUAUGACAAAGGGCUAUACACUGCGAUCCUCUUCCAGUCAAGUGCAUAAAUUCUCUGAUACUCAGUUCUUGGUGUUUCUGAAUCGAAUCUCUGCAUUGAUUCUGAGUGCUUCUUACUUGUUGUUCCAUAGGAAAAGAGAGCCAGUUCAUGUUCCACCGUUAUACAAGCAUUCUUUUACAUCCAUCUCGAACACACUCUCUUCGUGGUGUCAGUACGAGGCGUUGAAGUACGUCUCAUUCCCGACUCAGACGGUUUGCAAGGCCUCGAAAAUACUGCCAACAAUGUUACUCGGCUUUUUGGUUCGAGGUGAACGUUAUUCGAAGGCCGCGUGCGUGUCUGCGGUAUUUAUUUCACUUGGUGCAUCACUCUUCUUUUUAUCCAAUCAAACGCACACGUCUAAACACACAGAAGAUGGUGGGAUAAGUGCAGUGUCUGGAAUGUGUUUGAUGAUUGGUUAUUUGAUGUUUGAUGCGUUUACGUUGAAUUGGCAGAAACGUUUAUUUGACACACAGCCGAGAGUGUCGAAAUAUCAGAUGAUGUUUCUGGUGAAUACAUUCUCGAUGGUGUUGUGUUUGGUGUCUUUGAUCGAACAACGCACUCUCUUCUCAUCGAUUCAUUUCGCCGUUUCACAUAAGUCAUUUGCUCGAGACGCUCUAAUGCUUUCGCUUUCUGGAGCCUGUGGUCAGGUGGUCAUUUAUAUGACGAUCGAACGUUUCGGUCCGAUAGUGUUCGCGGUAAUGAUGACUGUUCGACAGAUCCUGUCUAUAGCGCUAUCAGCUGUGGCUUAUAGCCAUCCGAUGUCCGUAAGCGGUGUAUUUGGCUUGUUCAUUGUGUUUGCGGCCAUCUUUUCGAAUAUUUACCGACAGUAUUUCAAUUCUGGGUUGAGUGGUGCACAAAGAACAGUUGCAAUCUGAUAGAAGAGAAUGUAAUGGGAGCUUUAACCUAUUGAACUUCUUUCUGAAUUGAUUGGUCAGUGAGUAUAUUCACUGUUGUUGUUAUAUUCAUGUUAUUGUUGUUAUUACACUGUAUUUAUAUUUUUCGCUCUUUGAUGAAUACUUCGCAUAUUGUGUAUGUAUAUAAAUAUGUG